AUUCGAAAGCAGCAGAAAGAGCAUGCAGAACUAAUUGAGGAAUAUCGAAUCAAGCAGCAGCAGCAGCAGCAGUGUGGAAUGGCACCCCAUGCUAUCAUGUCUGGCGUCCAGGCUCAACCGCCAAUGGUUCCAGGAGGAACAUCACCAGCAAUGAAUCAACAAAACUUCCCCAUGGUGGCCCAACAGCUCCAGCAUCAGCAACACACAGUGGUAAUCCCUGGGCAAUCCAACCCAACCAGAAUGCCAAAUUUAUCUGGAUGGCAAUCUGUAAAUGCCCCUGCAAGUCAUAUUUCCAUUAAUCCAGCAAGGAUGCAGCCUCCCAUGACACCGUUGCCAAUUACUCCUAGUACACCAGCUCCUGUGCCUGGUCCAAAUGCAACUGCUCAGUCAGGGCCACCGCCAAGGGUGGAGUUUGAGGACAAUAACCCUUUUAGUGAAAGCUUUCAAGAGCGGGAAAGAAAGGAGCGUUUACGAGAGCAACAGGAACGGCAACGCAUCCAGCUUAUGCAGGAGGUAGAUCGCCAGAGGGCUUUACAGCAGAGAAUGGAACUAGAGCAGCACAGUAUGAUGGGGUCUGAGCUAAAUAACAGAACAUCCUUAUCUCAGAUACCUUUCUUUAAUUCUGAUCUACCUUGUGAUUUCAUACAAACUCCGCGACCUCUUCAGCAGUCUCCACAGCAUCAACAGCAACAGAUGGGGCAAAUUCUGCAACAAGGUUCUGUCACCUCACCUCCUGCCACAAAUUUUAUGCAAAGCGGUGAGCGAAGGCCGGUGGGACCUACAACUUUUGGACCUGAUGCAUCUGCUGUUCCAGGUGGAACCCCUAAUUUCCAUAAUGUAAAACAAACUCAUGGGAAUCUCCCUGGGGCCACCUUUACGCAGAACCAAGUCAGGCCUCCCUUUGCUUCUGCUGUACCUUCAUCUACAGUACUCAGUGGUGGUGCCCCGUGUGGUUCGGACACUAGCGUGCCCCAGGCAGCAAACUUCCCGGGCUCGAGCCAGUCUCUCAUACAGCUCUAUUCUGACAUAAUCCCAGAAGAGAAAGGAAAAAAGAAAAGGACACGAAAAAAGAAAAAGGACGAUGAUGCCGAGUCAAUAAAAGCCCCGUCAACUCCACAUUCAGAUAUAACUGCGCCAUCAACUCCAACCAUUUCUGAUUCUACCUCCACCCCUACAGUUAACACCCCCAAUGAACUUUCACGUCAUCAAGAUGAACAAGAGUCACUGGAGUUAACGGGCCCAUCAACAUCAAAUGAGGGAGAGAGCCAGACCUCUCCAGAGCUGGAAUGUAAGCUCCCGAACAGCAGUCUGCCACAGAAACCGCCGAGUGUAAAUACAGAGACUGACAAGGCUAAAACAGAUGCUCCUACCAGCAUUCAAGAAGUUAAACUAGAAAAGGCAGAAACUGAUCAGUGCUCGGGUCAAGCUGAGCCUAAACCAGAAAAUCCAAGCAGUAUUAAGGUGGAAGAAGAGAAGGUCACAUCGCAGCCUGCCUCUUCAGCUCAGAGUCCAGCACAACCCGCUAGCGUCCCAGCAACGAAAGGCGAGUCAGGGAACGAAUUGCUGAAACAUCUGCUCAAAAAUAAGAAGUCCUCAUCUCUUCUAAAUCAGAAAUCGGAGAACAGUGGCCGAACAGAAGAGGAGGCUUCUGGGGAUAAGAAGUUACCAGAGAAGCAGAAUCCAGCUGAAGGAAUGCAGACUGCAGGAAACCAGGUGCCAGGUGCAUUUGGGUGUAGUAACAGCCAGCUUCAGAGAACAGAUGUAGGACCUGAAACCAAGAAACAGAGAAAUAAGCGAACUCAGAGGACAGGAGAGAAGGCAGCUCCUCGGUCCAAGAAAAGAAAAAAAGAGGAAGAAGAAAAGCAAGCUAUUUACCCUAAUGCUGAUACAUUCAUCCAGUUAAAACAGCAGCUUUCUCUUCUGCCUUUGAUGGAACCAAUAAUUGGAGUGAGCUUUGCACACUUUCUUCCCUAUGGCAGUGGGCAGCUAAAUGGUGGAAAUCGACUUGUAGGAAGUUUUGGUAGUGCUACUCUCGAUGGGGCUUCAGAUUACUACUCCCAGCUCAUUUACAAGCAAAACAAUCUGAGCAAUCCUCCGACCCCCCCAGCCUCUCUUCCCCCCACACCACCUCCAGUGGCGUGCCAGAAGUUGGUAAACGGCUUUGCGACCACUGAGGAACUUGCUGGCAAGGCUGGUAUGUUAGGAGGUCAUGAUGUUACCAAAGCUCUGGGACCAAAGCAGUUCCAGUUGCCUUUCAGACCACAAGAUGAUUUAUUAGCAAGAGCAAUGGCUCAGGGCCCUAAAACUGUGGAUGUUCCUGCUUCACUUCCAACACCACCUCACAACAAUCAGGAGGAGUUAAGGGUUCAAGAUCACUGUGAGGACAGGGACACUCCUGACAGCUUUGUUCCUUCUUCCUCUCCUGAAAGCGUGGUGGGAAUGGAAAUUAGUAGGUAUCCAGACUUGUCGGUUGUAAAGGAGGAGAACCCAGAACCUGUACCAUCUCCCAUCAUUCCCAUCCUACCAAGCAGCACUGGAAAAGGUUCAGAAGCCAAAAGGAAUUACAUAAAAUCAGAACCCAGUUCUGGAGCCUUACCUGGUUCUGGCUUCUUUGCCUCUCCGCUUGGACCAUCCCAGAAUGGUCCUAAAUCUGGCCUUAUAUCCGUAGCAAUUACUUUACAUCCCACAGCUGCUGAGAACAUUAGUAGUGUUGUAGCAGCAUUCUCCAACCUGCUCCAUGUCAGAAUUCCCAACAGCUACGAGGUUAGUAACGCUCCAGACAUCCCAUCCUCCAUGGCAACAGCCAACAGUCACAGAGUGAACCCAUCUAUGGAAUACAGGCAGCACUUACUACUUCAGGGUCCUCAGGCAGGAUCCAUGGGACCUGCCAGGAUCGUAGGGUCUUAUGGACUGAAGCAACCUAAUGUGCCAUUCCCUGCAAACAGCAAUGGUAUAGCUGGCUAUAAGGAUCACAGCCAGAGUAUUGCAGAAGGCUCAGCAUUGAGACCUCGAUGGUGCUCUCACUGCAAAGUUGUGGUUCUUGGCAGUGGUGUGCGGAAGUCCUUCAAAGACCUGCCUUUCCUUAAACAGGAUUCCCAAGAAGGCUCUGAUAAAAUGAAGGACAUUGUAUUCUGUAGCAACAACUGCUUUGUUCUUUAUUCGGCAGCUGUGCAAGCAAAAAACUCAGAGAACAAAGAAUCAGUUCCAUCUUUGCCACAGUCGCCGAUGAAGGAGAGGCCGCCUAAAGCAUUCCAUCAGUACAGCAACAACAUCUCCACUUUGGACGUCCACUGUCUGCCUCAGUUGCAGGAAAAAGUUUCUCCACCAUCAUCACCCCCCAUCAUGUUCCCUCCUGCAUUUGAAGCAGCCAAGGUAGAGGCAAAACCGGAUGAGCUUAAGGUAACAGUGAAACUAAAACCUCGGUUAAAAGCAAUACACAGUAGCCUUGAGGACUGCCGGCCUCCGAGUAAGAAAUGGAAAGGAAUGAAAUGGAAAAAGUGGAGCAUUCAGAUUGUGAUUCCUAAAGGAUCAUUCAAACCUCCUUGUGAAGAAGAAAUAGAUGAAUUUCUUAAAAAACUGGGCACAACCCUUAAACCAGAUCCUGUGCCUAAAGACUAUAGGAAAUGUUGCUUCUGUCACGAGGAAGGUGAUGGAUUAACUGAUGGACCAGCGAGGCUUCUUAACCUGGAUUUAGACCUUUGGGUCCAUUUGAACUGUGCUCUUUGGUCUACAGAAGUCUACGAGACACAAGCUGGUGCCUUAAUAAACGUGGAACUAGCACUGCGAAGAGGCUUGCAAAUGAAAUGCAUGUUUUGUCACAAAAUGGGCGCCACCAGCGGUUGUCACAGGUUAAGGUGCACCAAUAUUUAUCACUUUACCUGUGCCAUUAAAGCACAAUGCAUGUUUUUUAAAGACAAGACCAUGCUUUGCCCCAUGCACAAACCAAAGGGAACUCAUGAGCAAGAACUUAGUUACUUUGCAGUCUUCAGGAGGGUCUACGUUCAGCGCGAUGAAGUGCGGCAGAUCGCCAGCAUCGUUCAGCGAGGAGAACGUGACCACACUUUCCGUGUGGGAAGCCUGAUUUUCCAUGCUGUCGGUCAGCUGCUGCCACAGCAGAUGCAGGCCUUCCACUCCUCAAAAGCACUCUUCCCUGUGGGAUACGAGGCCAGCCGGUUGUACUGGAGCAUGAGAUACGCAAACAGACGCUGUCGCUAUCUCUGCUCAAUUGAGGAGAAGGACGGGCUUCCGUUAUUUGUCAUCAAGGUUGUGGAGCAAGGACACGAAGAUCUGGUCCUUACUGACACAACACCAAAAGGUGUGUGGGAUAAAAUCUUGGAGUCCGUUGCUUCUGUUAGAAAAGAAUCUGAAAUGCUCCAGCUGUUUCCCGGCUAUUUGAAGGGUGAAGACCUCUUUGGUUUGACAGUCUCUGCAGUGGCCAGGAUUGCCGAAUCGCUGCCAGGGGUUGAGGCCUGUGAGAACUACACUUUCCGCUACGGCCGAAACCCCUUAAUGGAACUCCCUCUUGCUAUCAACCCCACGGGCUGUGCCCGUGCCGAGCCUAAAAUGAGUACCCAUGUCAAGAGGCCUCACACCUUGAAUAGCACCAGCACAUCGAAGUCAUUUCAGAGCACAGUCACGGGAGAACUGAACGCGCCUUACAGUAAACAGUUCGUCCAUUCCAAGUCCUCUCAGUACCGCAAAAUGAAAACUGAAUGGAAGUCCAAUGUCUAUCUAGCUCGCUCUCGCAUUCAGGGCCUGGGCUUGUACGCUGCUAGAGACAUUGAAAAGCACACUAUGGUCAUUGAAUAUAUCGGAACUAUUAUCCGCAACGAGGUAGCAAACAGGAAGGAGAAGCUUUAUGAAUCUCAGAAUCGCGGCGUGUACAUGUUCCGCAUUGACAACGACCACGUCAUCGACGCCACCCUGACGGGAGGUCCAGCAAGGUACAUCAACCACUCGUGUGCACCGAACUGCGUGGCUGAGGUGGUCACUUUUGAGAG